AACUCCAAUGGAUGCCAUUACUAAGAAAGAGCAAGAGGACAGAUGUGAUAGUGAAGAUGUUGGCAGCAGCCCGCUGCUCUGUGAAGGCAAUUCUUCAUCCUGCUGUGCUUGGCCAUUCUAGGGAAGCUGUACAUAAGCUUGUGAUCCCUCGGAAAAAUUUCUGCUUACAUCACACAGUGCAUCCCCCAGCUAAGUAUGGUGGAAGGCAAACUGUGACUAUGAUUCCUGGAGAUGGCAUUGGACCUGAGCUUAUGGUUCAUGUCAAGAGAGUAUUCAGAUCAAAUUGUGUGCCAGUGGACUUUGAGGAGGUGUGGGUGACCUCCACAUCUACUGAGGAGGAGGUUCUUGAUGCACUUAUGGCCAUCCGUCGGAACCGUGUCGCUCUGAAGGGCAACAUUGCAACUAAUCACAAUCUGCCUAUCACUUACAAAUCUCACAACACCAAGUUUCGAACCAGCCUUGACCUCUAUGCCAGCGUCAUCCAUUACAAGACUUUUCCUGGUGUGGAGACCCGGCACAAGGACAUAGACAUCUUAGUAGUUAGGGAAAACACAGAGGGCGAGUACACUAACCUGGAGUACGAAGGCGUGAAAGGCGUGGUAGAGAGCCUCAAGAUUGUGACAAAGGCCAAGUCUCUGCGCAUUGCUGAAUAUGCCUUUAAUCUUGCUCAAAAGAUGGGGCGCAAAAAAGUGACAGUUGUUCACAAAGCCAACAUCAUGAAACUGGGAGAUGGACUUUUCUUUCAAUGCUGUAAGGAUGUGGCAGCUCACUACCCCCAGAUCACCCUUGAGAGUAUGAUUAUAGACAACACCACAAUGCAGUUGGUAUCCAAUCCCCAAAAGUUUGAUGUCAUGGUGAUGCCCAAUCUUUAUGGCAACAUUGUCAACAGUAUCUGUACAGGGCUGGUUGGAGGGUCAGGACUUGUGCCUGGAGCCAAUUAUGGUGACAUAUAUGCAAUAUUUGAGACUGGUUCAAGGGAAAUAGGUAAAAAUUUAGCUCAUAGAAAUAUUGCCAAUCCUGUUGCCAUGCUGCUAACCAGCUGUAUCAUGCUGGACUACCUUGGUCUUCACUCCUAUGCCAUGGAGAUCCGCUGUGCCAUUAUGGCAUCCUUAGAGAACAAAGCCAUCUGCACACCGGACAUAGGAGGUCAAGGUACUACAUCAGGUGUUGUGAAUUUCAUCAUGGAAUAUAUGAAAAGUCAUGGAUGCUCUUGUCAUCCAAAUUUGCUCCUGUCCUACACUUGACUCACCCCCUCAGAAACUCCAGCCAGCUUAGCUAGCAUGGAUAGAGAGUCAACAUUGCCUCCAAUUCACUGAAAGGGAAGGGGGAUCAUCAGUAUUGAUCUUUUCAUUGAUUUUAAAUGCAAUAAAAAUUGCUUAUUUGAAUUA